AGAGCCCGUGUGAGAGCUGAGCGCUUCAGUUGCUGGUUUCGGUAGCGCGGUGGUCAGACAUGCGCGUCGGAGGGACACCUGUGGCGUCCGAAUUGUGAUAACUGUGUAAGCCUUCUCGCCACUGAAAACACAAAUAAUCUGAGAGUGUCACGUGGCUGUAAGAAUCCUCUGCUUUGAAUCGUGUUGAUACGGCGCUCACGAGUCAACAAACACACGGCGAUGUUGUACUGAUAAUAAACGAAAGUCUGUUAUUGUAGUGUUGCCUGAAGUGAGGGUUGGUGGUUGGGGGCAGGGGUUCGUUUCUUUUGGGUGUUUUUGUGUCGCAGUGUUUGCAUGAGUUACGGGGCCGUCUGCUGCACCGCUCGCGGGAGCCGUGGCCGCAACUGGCCGCCACCUUGCAGCCAGCCAGCCGGCAACUUGUCCUCGCAGAGACCAACAACGCACCCGAACUGAUGGGAGUGUAUGAGCACGCCCAGCUCGUGAUGCAUUGGCAGCAGCACGACCGCUACGUCGGACCGGCCCACGACCCAUCCCGCGACUUGUCUCCCAACUUGCCGAUCCAUUCGUGCGACCCCACGUCCAUGGGCGACGUGGAGCCCAGGAACGGAAACACCAGCAACUGUAGCACCCCCAACAGCGGCUGUGCCCAUCUCCACCGACCUCUGCCGCCAUGCAACAACAACUGCGAGACCAGUUUGUGCAGGGCCCCGUUCGAUGGGCCCCGGCAGCACCGCGGGGGGCCCAGCGGCUCCUUCAGCGACUGUGAUGCCUUCACCCCUCCUCUGUUGCACCCUAAGCUGGAGCAGCACCCCAACCCGGGGACACCCUCUACACCUCCGACCUCGGCCGAUGACGUGGUGGUGUGCGCGGGGUGUGCCCACCGGAUCUCCGACAGGUUUUAUCUGCUAGCGGUGGACAGACGCUGGCAUGCGUCCUGUCUCCAGUGUUGCCAGUGCCGACAGACGCUGGACGGGGAGACGAAAUGUUACGCGAGGGAGGGCAACAUCUACUGCAAGAAGGACUACUACAGGCUGUUUGGCAUGAAGCGUUGUGCCCGAUGUCAGGCCGCCAUCUUGUUCACCGAGAUGGUGAUGCGCGCACGUGACCUGGUCUUCCACGUGCAGUGCUUCACAUGCGCUGUGUGUAACUCGACCUUCAACAAGGGCGACCAAUUCGGGCUGAAGGACAGCACAGUGCUGUGCCAGAUACACUACGAGCAGCAGCAACACCAGUCGCCGUCCCCGGUCAACUUCCCUGGUGGCAGCACUUACCCGCCCCCGUUUCCAUCCCCCGAGUUCCACCCCCAUCAUCAUCCACCGUCCGCCGCGCCCGCCUGCGCGGACAGUGUGAUCAGUACCAAAGUGCCCUACUUCAACGGCUCUGCUACGGGGGCGACACGGCAGAAAGGACGGCCCAGGAAGCGGAAACCGAAAGACUUAGAGGCCAUGACUGCAAACCUAGACUUGAAUGCAGAUUACCUGGAUGUUCCUUUUGGACGUUCUGGUCCUGGAACUCCCGGACUUCCCGGAUCAAACGGCCAGCAGCGCACCAAGCGCAUGCGCACCUCGUUCAAGCACCAUCAGCUGCGCACCAUGAAGUCUUACUUCGCCAUCAACCACAACCCGGACGCAAAGGACCUGAAACAACUGUCCCAGAAGACGGGGCUGCCCAAGCGGGUGCUGCAGGUGUGGUUCCAGAAUGCGAGGGCAAAAUGGCGGCGAAUGAUGAUCAAGCAGGAAGGUAAAACCGGGGAUAAAUGUCCAGGGGCGGAAUCCGGCAACUCUCUGGGAGACAUGGAGACCUUCCAGCCUCAUGCACCUGGUACCGUGGGCCCAGAAUUUCACCAGCAGUCACUCCCCCCACACAGCCCCCCCUUCGUUCUGGGUGGUUCAUCUUCCUCACCGCUUGAAUGCUCCUAAUGCGCGUGCGCGUGUGGUAAUUUAAAUUAAUUUCCGUUGAGAGUUGGACAUUUAAUGUUUCCUUGAACUGUUGUAUCGUAAUUAUAGGAAACUCGACUCUGUCUGGGUGUCCGUAAAGAACGGCGGUAUCAUGUAAGCGUUUAUUGCUUCAAAAUUCUCCCCCAUUGUAAAGCAAGUGGAAUGUUUGGCAACACUGAACAUAUUGACAGAUGUAAGUCGGUCAGUCUGUAAAAUUCACUAUAUUACACUGUUCUGAAAUCUUUAUCGCAAGAUUAUUCCUCCUCUUUUAGCUCUUAGACAUUUCCCCCCGCCCCUCACUAAAUAAGGAAGAGACAGCAGUGAAAUAUGUAUACAGGGUUGUCAAAUUCAACUCACAUAAUUGCUUUUCAACUUUUUCAUGUUAUAAUCUUUGCUUUACAGGGGGUACGCGGUAGCGUAGUUGGUUGAGACACUAUAGUACAGUCCGAAAGGUCGCGGGUUCGAUUCCCA